ACCCAGCUGAGUUCAGCAGAUGGAGCCCUCACACCAGCAGCACACACGCGGAUGAAAGUGAGACUCCCAGCAGUUAGCAGCAGUUUCACCACCGACAAUCAGUGAGAAGGAGACGGAUAAGUGGAGAGCAGCUUUCGGUGACGGGGGAACAGAAUAUCUCUUGUAUAACCACCGAAACAUUUUGAAGUGCCUCGAUACAACACCGCGGGCUUAUAGCUUUCUGUUUUGCAGCUCUGGAUAGACAAGUUUUUAUCCGUCUUUUUUCUGACUAUUUCUACCUUAAACUGGCUGUCAGACCCUCCGGUGUCGCCUGAAGUUGGAAAUGCGUCGUGUUUGAACUUCACCUCCAAACGACCUUUUGAUGUCCACAGAAGUCACCUCUGUGCUUCUACAGUUGGCAUCAGCUGCAAGUCACGCUCUGGCCUAACUAAUUGUAAGUGGACGUGAUUAUCAGCAAUUAGGUUUCAUCAUCCAUACAUGGAGAGUAGCCCAUGGACCUAAGUGUGACCCAGAGGUUGUUACAUCCAGGCCUAGAGUCGGCCAUGCUGGCCCCCGGCCCUCCCUUCUUUCUGGGACCCCUCACCUCACAGCACUGCUCCCAGUUUUCCCAGCAGCACUUGCAGUAUAACAUUGAACAAAGACAGAUGGAGCAGGAGAAAAGAGAAGAGCUACAACAGCUGACACGAAAGAGUAAAAAUGAGCAGAGUGCUGUAGCCAGUCCUCUGGUAAGGCAGAAACUUCGGGAACACAUAAUUAUGAAGAGCCAGCCCAGCCAUGACAGGGUCACUCCCAACCACAGCAGUCCUACACCAUACAGGCUCCCGGUUCCUGACAUGUCCCCAAAGUCUACAGCCUGUGACCAGCGUAAAGACCUCGCCCUGCGCAGGACAGUCUCUGAGCCCACUCUGAAGUGGAAGUUAAAGAAGCUCAUCAGUACAAGGCCAAACCCGCUGCAGCGUAAGAUCAGUGCCCCUCCCGCUGUCAAGCACAGGACAGAAACUUUGGACUCCUCUCCCAGCAGCAGCAGCAGCAACCCAGCUUCAGGGUGCAGCUCACCAAAUGACAGCCUCCAUUCGGACAACGGGCACCUCCCACUGGCUCAUGAGGCACAGAGGUUGCUGGCCCAUUUUACCUUGCCUCCCAACCCCACUGCCAUGCCCAACAUCACUGCUGGACUACCUGCACAUGCUGACCUGCGAGUAGCCAGACCGUUGGCAGUACCUGCUCUUCACCAGGUCUACCUGCCCCUGGAAGGAUGCAAUCCAGCCCUGGAUCAGCGCCUGCAGCCUGUGCUCAUACUGGAACCACACACCGGACUGGUGCACUCCCAACUUGUCUCUUUUCAUGGUUUGAGCUCCACUCCUCUGCUGCAGCAGCAGCAGCAGCCUCACCUGUCCUCCCCCACCAGAAGGGAAGGCGUAGUUACCUUUCCCUCCCACAGACCCCUGGAGCGAACACGCUCAGAGCCUCCGCCCUACAGCCACUCACCCCUUACUCUGCAUGCCAGCCGUCACUCACACAUCCACCACCAUCUGUCCCAGCAAUAUCACAAGAGCGGGCUGGAGAGGUUCAAGCAGAAUGCACACAUGAGCAAGCUGACGAGCAAGUCCAUUGAGAAGCCUCGUCUGACCCAGAUCCCAUCAGAGGACAUGGACCUGGAGGAGAUUGGAUCAGGAUCAGGUUCGGGGCCCGGGUCUGUGUGCGAUUCAGAACCGGGCUCUAUGUGUGAGGACGGCUACCGCAGGAGACAAAGCACUGCCAGCACAGACUCAGUUUACGACACGGAAUCCACUACCUCCUCACGGGACAGCUUGAUCGAGCCCUCGCACUCACUCAGUCAGAGGCAGGUAAACCUUAAAUCUGGUCUCCAGCUUGACCCCAUGGGUGUGCCUGCCCUAAUUUGGCCUCACCAGCCUCUGGUUCGAACCCAGUCCUCCCCAGCCUCCACUUCCCUGCCUCCUCCUCCACAUCCCCCCACAGCCAUACCUACCCUGUCACUGUCCAGCCCUGCUGCAGAUGUCCACCUACGCUUCACCACAGGUCUGGUCUAUGAUUCUCAGAUGCAGAAGCACCAGUGUACCUGUGGGGAUAACAGCCGCCACCCUGAGCAUGCCGGGAGGGUCCAGAGCAUCUGGUCCAGACUGCAUGAAAGAGGUCUCAGGAACCAGUGUGAGCGCAUUCGCAGUAGGAAGGCCACUCUAGAAGAGCUGCAGUCAGUCCAUUCAGAGAAACAUGUGCUUCUCUUCGGCACCAACCCACUCAACCGCCUCAAGCUGGACAACCGCAAGUUGGCUGGGAUCUUGUCUCAACGGAUUUUUGUGAUGUUACCAUGUGGAGGAGUUGGGGUAGACAUUGAUACAAUCUGGAAUGAACUUCACACAUCAGUAGCUUCCCGUAUUGCUGCAGGAUGUGUCACAGACCUGGCGCUGAAGGUGGCACAAGGAGAGCUAAAGAAUGGCUUUGCAGUGGUGAGACCUCCUGGACACCAUGCAAACCAUUCCUCGCCUCUGGGCUUUUGUUUCUUCAACUCUGUGGCCAUCGCUGCCAAGCAGCUCCAAAACAAACUCAACGUCAGCAAGAUCCUCAUCGUGGACUGGGAUGUUCACCAUGGUAACGGCACCCAGGAAGCCUUCUAUAAUGACCCGAGCGUGCUGUACAUCUCUCUACAUCGCUAUGACGAUGGCAACUUCUUUCCUGGUAGUGGACAUCCCAGUGAGGUGGGUACAGGUGCAGGCGAGGGCUUCAAUGUGAAUGUAGGCUGGACAGGGGGUUUGAACCCUCCCAUGGGUGAUGCAGAGUACCUGGCUGCAUUCAGAGCCGUGGUGAUGCCCAUUGCCCACGAGUUUUCCCCUGAUGUGGUGCUGGUGUCAGCUGGCUUUGAUGCUGUCGAAGGACAUGUGUCAUCACUUGGAGGCUACAAAGUCACAGCCAAGUGUUUUGGCUUCCUGACCCGUCAGCUGAUGUCACUGGCCGGGGGUCGGGUGGUCCUGGCUCUGGAGGGGGGACAUGACCUCAAGGCCAUCUGUGAUGCCUCUGAAUCCUGCGUCAGCGCCUUGCUAGGCAUGGAGGUGGAGCCUCUGUCCCAGUCCGUGUUGGACCAGAAGCCUUGUGAAAAUGCUGUCCAGUCACUGCAGAGCGUCAUCCAGGUUCAGGGUGAGUACUGGCAGAGUGUGAAGGACUCGGCCGCCACAGUGGAUCUGACCUACCUGCAGGCGCAAAGACGGCGGCUGAGACGAGACUCGGACAGCGAGGCCGUCAGCGCCAUCGCUUCGCUGUCGAUGGGGGCGAUCGCCUCUGACAAGAAACAGACACGGUCCGAAAAACUGACAGAGAAAGGUGAUUCUCUCUGAGGAAAGAGUAUCCUGACUGCUGCGUUCAACCAAGUCUAUGGAAACACACACACACAGACACACACAGACAAAGCUAUGCAUUUGGACCAUCAAUGGAAGCAGAUGUCCUCCUCAGUUUGACCACUGUACUCAUCACCUCACAAAAACUCCUCCACCAGUGUAACUAGUGGCUGCAGUCUGAUUCAAACACACUGAGCAACAACAUUCACCUGGGAAACAAUCAUACUCUCGUGACGCCUCGACAGGCUUUUCCUGGUCAUUAAACUGAGAAGAAGUGGAAAAUAAAGACAACCAGAGGCGAAAUCAUGAAGGAUCUUCACUCUCUUGUAGCAUUGGCAUGAAUACACACUUGACAAAGCACAGCUCUGCAACGUUAAACAUUCACCUUGUAAAUGACUCCCACAAGACCUGCGAGAGACUCCUCGCACUGUUGAAACCUUGAAGGCGGGGUCAAAGGUCACCUGGGCUUGCUGGAGCCAAUCACUCUGAGCGGAAGGAGUCGUCCCUAUAGGACGUGCCGGUGAAGGAGAGCAGACAUAUCCUCCACGUCCCACUAUGAUGAUGUCAUUUGUCUGAAUGUGACAGACAUCCAAUGAAGGAAGGAAGGAAAAAAAACAAAAAAAAACAGGAGCUUCUGAGCGUUUUGCACUGCACCGUUCUGUAAUGUGAACUUGACAAGAUGGAGGAGACGCAGCCACAUCGGCCAUGUUGACAAUCAAACAUCUUGUUCGUUCGUGUUUUUAGUUAAUUUCAAUAUUCUUUCAUUUGACGUUUGGCACACAUGUUUGUGAAUGUCAGCAGCAGAUUUAUUUUUUUGUUUGUUUAAGAAUCCAGUAAGAGUGAAGCUACAGUGACAUUUGAGAUACAUAUGUUUCACAUUGUUUUGAAUGUCCACAUAUUUUCUUAAAUCGUCUUUUUUCUCUUUUUCUUGGCCUGUCAGUGGAGCACAUGCAGCAAGACUCUAUAUGGCUGCAGUUAUUGUUAUGGCUCCCUGGCAGAUAAAAGAAGACACAGCAGUCUUUGAUGAAGUGCAUCUUAAAAGCGUAGACAUACUGUAGAUGAAGAGCUAAUACCUUUAGUCAUUGGAUAAUAUCAGGGGAGAAAGAGGUUAUUUACACGUCAGCAAAGACAGAAAUCACCCAUGAUGCUUCAGUACAGCGUGACCACUCAGAAAUGAUUGUAUAUGUGACAAUGCAGAUCAAAUUUUGGAUGAGACCCAUCCAAAGACUUCAUGACAAUCCCACACUUAAAGUGCACUUCCAUUGCCCUCAGGAUUCGGGGAUCACAAUGACUUGGGUCUUAAAAUCUGAACUUUGAUAAUGUUUGUUAAGUGGACCAGUGUUUCUACCUGUGGAUGAGCAUUCCUGCUGUACUUUGUAAAUUUAUUUUAAACUUUAAUUUUGUUCAUAACAAGGACAAACGGAUGUGUACUUUGUUCAUGUUUGACGUUCUGUUUACCGUCAGCGGCGGUGAUGUUGUGCUCCCCGGACCAAACAACAACAUUUUAGCAGUUAGGAUGGAGCAAUAAUACUGAGAUAGUUGAAUAUCCACACAGUGCAAUUGGACACAGGUUAAGCACAACCAAAGUUUAUGAGAACAAUGUGCCGUCCCAGGACUGGCAUGGCUUAAAGAACUUCAAAGACUUUGAAGAGUUUGUGAAUGUUUCUUUUUUCUAUCCAAACAGUUGAACAGCACAAAAAGCACAGGACGGAUAUAUAAACAAAUUCAUUUCUUAAAAAAAAAAAAAAAAAAAAAAAAAAAUCUUCUAUUUAGAUUAUGUGUCUUUGAAGUGCUCUUUGUAUGUCUUAACAUAAUUUUGACGGUGCUAUGGAUUAUUCCUUUUUAAGUGCAGUACGUUUGCCAACGUACAUUUCUUUCUUUACGUUGCAUUGUGAACGCAACUCAAAACCUGUCAAAUCUUUGUUAAUGUAAUGAAAAUGUGAAAACGAAGGACGGUGAGUUUCAACUCCAUAUCUGUAGGACAGUCCGAGUGUAGCUUUGCAUAGUUUUACGAGAACAUUCAUGACAGUAAGCUGACAUAUCUGAUGUCUUAUCUUUUGUCUUAAUUCAUGCAAAUGACUUAUUUUUGUAUUUGAUCUAAAAUAUGUACGUACUUAGAGACCAAAUUUUCAGCCUGUGUGCCUUGGAGUAUCAUGCUGACCAACCUGUGUGAAGGUAGCCUUAACAAACUGGAUCUUAGUCAAGACUGCAGACAAAGUCCAGUUUUCUCUUAACAGACUCUCUGACUUAUAUCUGUACAGUGUACAUAAUGACUUUGUUUUGUUUUUUUGUCUGCCUUUGUCUUUUCUACUAUUUCUGUUUCCAAAAGAAAUCCUUAAUAAAGGUAAAUUACCAAAUUCA